UCCUCGUGUAUUCAUUGCUUGGUGCGAAGAUGAAUACAACACAACUCUUGAACAGAAGAAACUUCUACCAAGCAAACUAGUUGGAGGUGAUCCAAAAAGACAAGAAAUCUUUAAAAAAUACAUAUAUUU